AUGGCCACGACACCCUCACGUAAAACCCAGGCGGAUAUUGUCUCUAAAAAAGACAAUCUUGUCCUAUCCCUACUUUCAAGAGCGCAUUCCCCGGAGACAGCAGGGCGCAUCUACCACGAGAAAAUCCGCAAACGACCCCUCCACCUCAAGCCCACCGAGCCCGACACCGCACAACAAGCUCGACGCCAGGCACGACACCUCAAGCUCCAAAAGCUCAAGAAGAAGAACAAACCUGCUCCUCUCUCCGCACGACAGAAGCGCGCGCUAAUGCUCUAUGAUAUUCCAAAGUCAGAGCAGAAAUACGAGAUCUAUGAGCCGUUGAAUCGGAUGUGGAUUGGGUAUAUACAGGAGGUUUUAGGGUUGAGCCAGGAAGGGGGGAUGGUCUCGAAUACAGAGGCGGCGAAGUUGUGCUCUGCGGAUUUCCAUGGUGCGGAGUUCGAGGUUGUGAGGAGUAGGUGUGUGUCCAGGGUGGGUGUGAAGGGGAUUGUGGUCAAGGACUCGAGAUUUGCAUUUGAGGUUGUCACCAAGAAAGAUGUUGUCAAAGUUCUGCCGAAAGAGCAUACGAUCUUCAGGUUUAGGGUCCCUUUUCCGGGAAAGACGACGGAUGGUAAACCCAAGGAUUUGGUGUUCGAGUUACAUGGCGACCAAUUCCAGCAUCGGGCGGCGGAUAGGGCGAACAAGAAGUUCAAGCCGCACUUCUUGCCAGAUCUUUGA